AUGAAGCGUGCUGCUUGGUGGUGCUUGCAUUUGAUUGGAGUUGUUGCCCCUUUCAGCAGCACCGGUGGUCGUCGUUGCGUCCAUCUCCCUGCGGACGGCGAUUCGGCGGACGGCAGUCGAUGCACGGAAAGCAGGCCGUCUGGGCCGUCAAAGACAACGACCCGUUUGACCCUCAAUGCCCUGUCGACGGAUGUUCGACGUCUACUUGAAAACUCACCAACUCGGUGCUGGGAGACGCCUGGAAGCGUUGACACUGUCUUGACGAUUCUACUCGGGCACCAACGCGGUAGUCAUGGAGGAAAUAGUGACAUUCUGCACCCCUUACUGGGCGUGGAGAUUUUAAAAGGGCUGGGAUUCGCAGUCUGGACGGGUGGCACAAUUGGUGGUGGCGGUGGCUGGGCCAGGCGCAGCGGUAUAUCCAAGGAGGAUCUUGGCAAGGUCGCGAGAUGCGUUUUGCAACCGCUACUCCCUCACGUAAUCGGGCACCCAAGGGUGCGAUCGCUUCUUCCCGUAAUUGUCGAGUGGCUGGUUUGCAUUUCCGAUAUUCCUCUCAGCGAAUGGCUUCCGCAACUUUCACUGUACCUGGAUGAUUUUGCCGCUUUGAAAACCAACAGCCGAUGCUUUAUGGGACCUUCGCCGGGUUUUUUUCUGCAGCACAUGACUCCCAAAUUACUACAUGGGGCGGUAGAUACGCAGCGUGAGGUGUCUCUUGAUUUGCAUCAGGUGCUUGACAGAAUGGUGCAGUUACUUGCUACGGGAGGUGGUGUUGCUCUAACACCGGAAAAAACGUUGUCGGAUGGUUCACGUUCUGUUUCCGCGAGUAACGAUUUGAUUGACUGCAUUUUUUGGCAGGGUGAAAUCCCAUUGAUUUUGCGAAACAAUUUUGUCCGUGAAGCUUAUGUGCGUUUGUGUCACUCAACACGAUGUGAGGCGAAUGAGUAUUUUCCUCAUGCAGGAUUUGUGGGAAAGGAAUCUCAAACCUUUUUGAUAAUUCCUGUUGUGGAUGACGAUGUGUUUAGGCGUCUCCUCCUACGUCUAAUGCCGACUUCUUUCUGCAGUGCAGCGUCUGAGACGGCGGCGGUUUCUUUAGAUUAUCUGGUUCUGGUCAAGCCUUUGCUAAAGCUGGAGGAUCCUUCAAUUAUUUUUCGCUUCAUCACGCCAUUAUCGGAGUUUGUGUCGGUCGUCUUGGAUGGUGUUUUCUCUUCGCCACUUCGGCUUUCUUUUAAUGGCAUCAGGGCAUUGAUUUAUAGCAUCAUUGGAGAGUUACAGCAGCUACAGAAGCGUCCACCGCCUUCCUGCUUCUCAUUAUUGCCUCACAAGCCGCGGAUUCACGUACUUAAGGCUCUCUGUGACAGUUUGCUUGGCGAUGCGGAGCGAAAGCUGAAAGUUGCUGGUGCUGACGCAACCUUUCCUGGGGUGCCGUUGCAGGAUCAAGUGAACAUUCUUCGUUCCUUUUCCCAUGCCACACGCCGUCUUGUGAGGGCUGUGCAGGCGGAGAAGACAGCCAGUCUACUCGAGGAGGGGCCUGAAGGAUCCGCCCUUCAGGCAGGUGGUGUUGUCGUGAAGCACAACGAUGUGGCUACCAUCCUCCGCAACACAGCCUUCCGCGUGCUGGAAACAUCUCUUUUUCGAUAUUACGACGCACUUGAAAAGUGGUCGUCUUUAUCCACUGGUGGUGAUGCUGGGAACAACGAUCAUGUGGCAGACGCACUGACUGAAAUUGAACAUCAUGCAGGAGGCCGAUCGACUUUCUUCACUGCACGUCAUCUUCUUCAGCACCCCUCUCGUCAUGACGUUACAGCUGUCAUAGAGGCUUUGCGGAUUGUGGCGAUACAGGCCCUAGUGUUGCGUUUGCCGGAGUGUGGGGAGUGGCUGCGGGAGAACUUUGCCACAGCGAUUGCCGUUUCUUUUUUUGAUGUGUGGCAUCGCACAAUGAAAAAAACACUUAGUUGUAAUAUGAGAGGAUUGAACCAGGAGGAGGAAUCAUUUUCCGUAUUUAUGGAGUCAGAAAAUCUUGUAUCAUGGAGGCUGCUCUGGACGAUGCUGCUGCUUCAUCAAAGUUGCUGCUCGUGUGAUGCAUCUAUGAAGAGCCAAAUUGGAAUAAAUGUCGGAUCCGCUUCUAUCUGUGUCGUGUUUCGUUCGCUCUUAGAUCUGCUUACAUUACAUGGUACAUGUACGGAGUUCAGUAGUUUUGGUUCAUCUUUGCCUCUCCAGGAUGUGGAAGUACUGUCUGCAGCUGAAGCAGAGGCAAUGCCAGAAGUAAAAGAGGAGAAAAGAGAUGAGAGACCCAAGUCGUUGCCAAAAUGUGUUGCUUAUUCGGCAAUGGGAGGAUUUUCUAUUGGCGGAAGUACGACGCGAUGGGAGCUACAGGAGGAGUUGUUGUGUCUUGGAGGUAGUGUUGGUAGGGGCCUGUGGCGCUGGCUGGGGACGCCACGAGCCGUAUGGGAAGUUGUCUCCGCAGGGGCUAAUAACACGACCACGGUCACUGGAACGAUGCCUGCUGGGUCUGGUGGGCACUACGCCGGCUAUCUUCUUCCAUGGACGACGGUGGCACAUAGUCGUCAUCCUCUAAGGUUGUACGAUGAGAGCGGCCAGUCAGCAGCAGCGGCCUCCGCGUUUGACGCCAAUCUCAGUGCGCUUUUUCAGCUGGAGGAUCGACCCGUGGUGCGGGUUGUGGGUCUCACAGAGGAGGCGGCGUUAUUUCGUGAAAUGGCUUUCACCCCAGAGUUGUUAUUGGGCUCCGGUGUCAGUGUUGUUCACCCUGAGGCGUGUCGGCGGGGUCGAGGCCGGGAUUUUUUGAUGGAAAUGGAGGUUGACGACGAUGAAGACCUCGACUAA